AUGGCGGAUCCCAUGCAGGAUACCAAAGCUGGCGAUGGCUCUGUUUACGAGAAGGACACCCAAAUUGGGGCAAGCGAAGAGAUUGAAAUCGAUCCAGUUGCGGAGAAAAAGCUGAUCCGUAAGCUGGAUCUCAUACUAUCCCCCAUGAUGGUCAUCGUCUUCUUGGUAGCCUACCUUGACCGAUCUAAUAUUGGCAAUGCUGCCAUUGCAGGCAUGAAAGAAGAUCUCAAUCUGACAGGCGACCGUCUCAAUGUCGCUGUGACGCUUUUCUACGUAACAUAUAUCACAUUCGAACUCCCGUCCUCUCUUUUGCUUAAAAAGCUGCGUCCGUCUCGUCUGAUUCCUUUCUUCAUCAUCAGCUGGAGUGCCGUCAUCAUUGGCUCGGCCUUUGUGCAGAACUAUGCUGCCCUUCUCGCCACUCGCCUUCUGCUAGGGGCCUUUGAGUCAGGACUCUUUCCCUGCUUGACCUUGUACCUCAGCAUGUACUACAGGCCUCUGGAGCAAGCUCGAAGGGUGUCAUAUCUUUUCGUUGCAUCUGCACUCAGCGGUGCUUUUGGUGGAUUACUGGCCUUUGGCCUGACAAACCUACAUGGUGCAAGUGGACUUGCUGGAUGGCGAUGGCUGUUCCUCGUCGAAGGGCUCAUCUCAAUUGUCGUAGGCUUCGCCAUGGUUUUCCUUCUCCCAGACAACUUUGAAACGGCAUGGUGGCUGAACGAAGACGAAAAGGCUCUACUUCGCGCAAGACACGAAAAGGAGCGUCUCUACCAGGGCAAAUCCAUGACAAGAGAUGCCAUGGACAAGGGCGAGGUCAAAUUCGCAUUCUUGGACUACAAGGUGUGGCUGAGCGCGGCGUGUCAGUUCUGUGCCAACACGUGUUCCUUUGGUUUCUCGACAUUUCUUCCCGUCAUCAUCCGCGGAUUCGGUUACUCGAGCAUUCGUACACAACUCCUGACAGUACCCGUGUAUAUCUGGGCAUCGGCAGUCUACCUCUUCAUAGCCUGGUGCUCCGACUAUGUCAAUCGCCGCGCCUUUUUCAUGGUUCCCUUGGCUUUAGUCACAGCUGUUGGCUACGCCCUGAUGCUUGGGCUUCCAAUGACAUCAACCGCAGUGCUGUAUUUUGCGACAUAUGUUACAGCAACUGGCAUAUUCUGCUGUGUCGGACUGAACGUCACAUGGAUCAUUAAUAGCAAUGCUGGGUACUUUAAGCGUGCCACUGCUAUCGGUCUGCAACAGUCGAUCGGAAACUCGGCGGGUAUCAUGGCUGGCCAGAUCUAUCGCAUCUCUAACAGCGAUGGCCGCUACAUGAUUGGUCAUACAGUUUCCAUUUGCGCAAUCUUGGUGGCAGCUUGUGGAUACACCACCAUGUACUUUGUGCUUCGUAGGGUUAACAGAAAGAGAGAGGCAAUGUCCAUCGAUGAGAGAAUCAGGCAAAUCGACGCUGGGAAACUGGGCGAUCGUCAUCCUGAUUUCAGAUAUACCUUGUAA